GCAAGGGGCUGUCCAAGCCGAGUGGGCGGGGCGCCCCCAGCUACUUUAGCCUCCCUGGCUGCAGGGGCUCCGGCUGCCUGCCCGCCAGGUCCUGGGGCGGUGAGCGGGGACCAUGGAGCGCGGAGGCAGCGAGGAGGCUCCUCCAGGCGCUGCCCCGCCUCAGGAUGAAGAGCAGCCCGCGGCUUCUCCAGAGCCGCCGCCGCCCUGGCCGCCGCCGAAGCCGCCGCCGCAGCCGCCAAGCCCUCCCGCGGCUGCUCCGCUGCUUCCCGCGCCUUCGCCCGCAGCGGCCGCCGCUCAGCGGCGUCCGGAGCGCGCUCUUCAACUCCGCGCCGAGGUGCACUCCGAAGCGGUGGCCUCUGAACCAGACGCGGAGAGCAGCAGCUCAGAAGCGGCCAAAACACCGGCCCCCAAACCUGUCCCAGAGAAGGCUCCAGCGCCCGCUCCGGAAGCAGCUCCAGAACCGCUCCCGGAAUUGCCGGUGGGACCCGUCCCACAACCAGUAGCAGACCCGGCCCCCGAGCCGACCAAAGAACUAGUGACAGAAACGGCCCCUGAGCCGACCCCAGAACGAGUGACAGAAACGGCCCCUGAGCCGACCCCAGAAUUUGUGACAGAAACGGCCCCUGAGCCGACCCCAGAAUUUGUGACAGAAACGGCUCCUGAGCCGACCCCAGAACUAGUGACAGAUAGGGCUCCAGAGCCGACCCCAGAGUUCCUUCCGCAGCCGAGUCCUGCCUUGUGCUUAUUGCAGCGCCCGGGGGUCGCUGCGGAGGGAGGACCUCGGACCUCGGCGUCGCCCCGCACGCCCAGGCUGCUGUCCAGUCUAAAGAAAAUAUUGAAGGAAGGACCUUUGCUGAAGAACUGUAACUCCUUCCAGAGAUGGAAACUAAGAUAUUUUCAAGUUCGAGGACAAAGACUCUGCUUUGCACAUCAUCCUGCAUUUGCACGCUUUGACACAAUCGAUCUGUCUCAGGCUGCUUUGGCAGAAAGCAGCUGCAGAAACCUUUGCCACAGUUUUUGCGUGAUUACACCAGAACGAAAAGUUACUUUGGCUGCACCCAGCCGGAAAGACAUGGAAGAAUGGAUGAAUGUCAUAAAAACUGUCCAACAAGGAGAAAUUCACAAGAUACCAGAUGCAGAGAACAACCCUUUCCUCAUUGGAAUGCAUUACUGGUACUCUGGACAUAGCCCUAGGACCCAACACUGCAACGUCUGCCGAGAAAGCAUUCCUGCCUUAUCCAGAAAUGUUAUCGUCUGCGAAGUCUGCAAAAUGAAGUCUCACAGAUUAUGUGCUUUGAGAGCUAACAAAGAUUGUAAAUGGAAUACUUUGUCCAUUACUGAUGAUCUCCUUCUACCUGCUGAUGAAAUAAAAACUAUGCCUCAUCAGUGGGUAGAAGGAAACAUAUCUGUCAGUUCUCAAUGCGCAGUUUGUCAUGAGAACUGUGGCAGUAGCCAGAGACUUCAAGAUUUCCGCUGUCUGUGGUGUAAUUCCACGGUGCAUAAUGACUGUCGCAGACGGUUUUCCAAGGAAUGCUGGUUCGGGAGUCAUCGCUCAUCAGUCAUCCCUCCUACUGCCCUGAGCGAUCCCAAAGGCAAUGGCCAGUUAGUUGUUUCUUCAGACUUCUGGAGUCUCGACUGGUCAUCUGCCUGUUCAUGUCCCCUUCUCAUCUUCAUCAACUCCAAAAGCGGCGAUCACCAAGGGAUCGUCUUUCUCAGAAAAUUCAAGCAAUACCUUAACCCAUCUCAAGUUUUUGACCUGUCAAAGGGCGGACCUGAAGCAGGGCUGUGCAUGUUCAAGAACUUUGCUCGCUUCCGCAUCGUGGUUUGUGGUGGAGACGGCAGUGUGAGCUGGGUGUUCUCUCUGAUCGAUGCCUUUGGAUUACAUGAAAGGUGUCAGCUGGCAGUCAUCCCACUUGGAACUGGCAAUGAUCUAGCCCGUGUCCUAGGCUGGGGUGCCUUCUGGAACAGAAACAAGUCACCUCUGAACAUCCUCAACAGAGUGGAGCAGGCUCGUGUGAGGAUUCUUGACAGAUGGAGUGUGAUGAUCCGGGAGACUCCCAGACAAACCCCACUGCUAAGAGGAGAAGUUGAAAUGGAUGUACCACGAUUUGAGGCUGCUGCCAUCCAGCACAUAGAAUCAGCAACCAUUGAACUGAAUAAGAUCUUGAAGGCAAAGUACCCCACCGAGAUGAUCAUCGCAACUAGAUUCCUAUGCCUAGCUGUGGAUGAUUUUGUGGCUGACAUUGUAAAGGCCUGGAGUCAGAUAAAGCAGAACAAUACAACGAUAGAGUCUGUGAUUUUGAAAAGCGACAUCAUGUAUGACAAGCUCAGUGUCCUGAUCGAUGUCCUAGCUGAAGAGACAGCAGCUGAAAAGAGUGCAGCAGUGCAUACUGACAGCAGCAAAGUAGAUGGGAAGCCCUUCUUCAUCCCCCCAAUUGACCACACGACCAAGUGCAAACUGGAGCUGACCGUAAAGGCCCAGAAUCUCCAGAAAUCCCUGAAACUGAUCAUAUUCCAAGUUGAACAAGUUCUGGAUGAGCAAAGCCGACAAACAUUAUCGGUUAGGAACUUUAGUUCAACUUUCUUCCUCGAUGAUGACUCAGAAGAUGUUAGCCAGAUGAGCCCAAGACACGGUUCUCGUCGUGACACUGUAUCUUCUUUAUGUUCUCUCCAAAGUGAAGACCUAGAUCACCUCAACUUAGACUACUUACAUUCCAAACCUGAAACUAUACGCUUCAAGGAGAAAUGUGUCAUGAACAACUAUUUUGGAAUUGGACUGGAUGCUAAAAUUUCCUUGGAUUUCAAUACCAGAAGAGAUGAACACCCAGGACAGUACAAUAGCCGCCUUAAGAACAAGAUGUGGUACGGCCUGUUGGGGAGCAAGGAACUUCUGCAGCAGUCCUACAGGAAUCUGGAAGAAAGAGUGUAUCUGGAGUGUGAUGGAGAAGCCAUUCCCUUGCCAAAUCUGCAAGGCAUCGUAGUGCUCAACAUUACCAGCUAUGCUGGAGGUGUCAACUUCUGGGGAAGUAGCAGAGCAACUCUGGAAUAUGAGGCCCCUGCAAUAGAUGAUGGGAAGCUGGAGGUGGUGGCGAUCUUUGGUUCUGUGCAGAUGGCAAUGUCCCGUGUCAUCAAUUUGCAUCAUCAUCGCAUUGCUCAGUGCCGUGAGGUGAUGAUAACUAUCCAUGGUGAAGAAGGCAUCCCAGUGCAGGUGGAUGGGGAGGCCUGGGUCCAAAGGCCAGGCCUUAUCAAGAUCAGAUACAAGAAUGCUGCCCAGGUGUUGACAAGAGACCGGGACUUUGAGAACUCCAUGAAAAUGUGGGAGUGUAAGCAUACUGAAAUCCAGGCUGCUUCCCAACCCCAACUGGACUCCCAGGACUCUCAAGACAGCCUCUCAGAUAAGGAGUAUGCCGAGUUGCAACAUGUGGCUCAGCUUGCAGAAAACCUCAUCAGCAGGCUUACUGAUCUGAGCAAGGUCCACCAGCAUGUGUCUGUCCUCAUGGAUUCUGUGACCACCACUGCUGACAUCCUGAAUGAUGUAUUUUACAGCCAAGAGAGCGAGGCUGGUGCAGCCUUCUGCACUCCCAUUGAGACUCUAAGCAGAAAUGAUGCAGUAGAUGUAACAUUUAGUCUUAAAGGGCUCUAUGAUGACACCAAAGCUUUCCUGGAUGAAAACUUGCUGAGGAAUACAGAGGAUGAGGCCAUGCUGCAGACUUCCCUGGAUGCCAUGAAUAUGGGAUUUGAGAAGCUAUUUGAGUUCGAGUGGAUGAAUUCAAUCUUUGUUCCAGAGGAAAAAUCUGAAGACACUGACAGUAGAAGAGUCAGAUUGAAACUGAAAUUCCCCAGACUGGGGAAAAAAAGACUAGCUGAGGAAGGCAAACACAGAUCAGGCCAAGGACUCCAGAGUUUCAUUGGAAAUUUGUGGCAUCGUAGAAAUCGUGAAGAUGAAGAAAAAGACGAUGAUCCUCCUGAAUCCUCAUGAUUUCAACUGUAGCCCUUGAAGCUGUAAGGACAACACACAACAACUAUGACACUACUACUAACAACAACAACUCUGAAAACCUCAGUGCAGGCUAGACUAAAUUAUUUCAGAACAAAUAUGAGCACCACUAAGAAAGACCCUUCAAUUCUUUAUCCUAGUACAUCUUUCCUGGACUCAAAGCAGGUCUUCUUAGAGGACUAUGUUUUCUCAUUGGCCAAAGAUUCUUGUUCUGAGUUUUAUCAUUCAGUUCUCCUCCCUUUUGUUCAUUUGGAACAACUAGAGUAUUUCACUGGAAUAAGCCCGAGGUCUGCAUUGAGUUCCUGGGAGUUCAUUUCUUCUAGGAGUUUGGGAAUAGUUUUCUGUGGCUGUCAGAGAAACUGUUCAUGCCAGGGAAUAAGUGCAUGAAAGAAAUACUCCCAGGGAAAUGAGGAGAGGAGGGGAAUCAAGACCACCAGCUUUAGCUGGCUGUGUUUCUCCCCCAACCCCUGCCAGUCACAACUUCAGGAAAUCUCCUCUAGCUGGUUUUUAAAAAUGUUUAUUAGGUGCUGGGGGCUUUCCACUUGCCUGUUACAAUGGCCACGUGAGAUCUUUUUCUUGUACAUGGGAUGAUUUCUCUCACUCUCUACAAACCCAUUGUGUUUUUCCACAUGUGCAUGUAUGUCUUUGCACAUGUCCAGGUGGUGCUCUGGUGGCUGGGUGGGCCAAUUCAUUGGAAUUCACCCCUAUGGCAGCCAUACAGGCUCCCUUCCUACUGCCUUGAUCCUAGCCUGCAUGUCUACAUGGAGUGUUUGGCUGCAUUCUCACUGGAUUUUUAACUAAAUGUUUUGCCACUGUGCUGCAGUAUAGAAUAUAUAUAUAUAUAUAUAUAUAUAUAUAUAUAUAUAUAUAUAACUGAAAAUACAACUCAACCUCCAAGUGACCCUAUAAUUUAUUGUGCUAAUCCACAAAUCCCUUCCCUCCCAUAUUCCAACCCCUAUCCCAUACACACACACACACACAUACACACACACACACACACACACACACACACGCCUCUACCAACUGCCCUAGUUCUUGGUGGAGCUUCUAAUCUUUUGGUGCAUCUUAGAAGUGGCUGGACUCUUAUCUACAGCCGAGCUCACUCUGACACCCCUUGAAAUUCUGAGCCAGGUCACAGAAAAGGGAACAAAAAACACCAAUGCCCUAGAGAAGGGGGCUAAGCUGGCAAGCUGCCUUUUUUGCUCUAUUUUUCUUGGACUUUAUAAUUGCAAAUGCCCUAUCCUGUGCUGUGCUCUUCCCCAGUGAAAAGACUGGAUGGAGCAACCUCGUCUUGAGCCCUGUGUCCUAGUCACAUGAGUUAGGGACUGCCUAACAACCAAGUCACAGCCUAGGCCCUUCCCCACAAGCUCCAACUUGGCCUGCAUCUUCUGAACAGGCUGUUGGGUCAGUCUCCAUACCAUCUUCAAAUCUCCAUCUUGACCUUUAAGAACACAAGGAUGGACCCUCAAAGUGACCAGAAAGAACAUGGGUAUAGAACAAAAUUAAAAAUAAAUAAAUAAAGAGGCUAAGAGCUUCUGCUCCUUCCAUGGUUCUUCUUAUGACAAACUGGGCUGAAAUUGCUCCUAAUCCCAAUUUGAAUUUUUAAUUCCUGUUCCUAGUCAGUCAAAUCUAUUCAAACUCCAGUUUCCAGAGAGCUUCUCCCUGUCUGCCUUGUAGCCCACCUCCUCCCCCACCUCUCAUCUCAGAACUUUUGAGUGUCCCUUCCCACUUAGAAAGAAAGCCAGGAAACUGGUGUCUCCCCACUUCUCAAAACAUAGAGUGCUCAAUUACAUGACUCAGUCCAAUGGCUGGUUCAACGAGGUGCACAAUUCAGACUCUAUAAACACUGGUUCUCAACUCUGGAUUUCCACCAGCCUAGACUACUUAAACCAGCCACCUGUGUUCCACCUCUGCAGAGGUGAGGAGAUAAAUAGCAACAAGAUAGUCCCCAACUGUCUGACAGAUGUGCCAAACAAACAGAAAGUCCCAGCUCUACAACUAGAGAAGAAUGUUAAUGGAAAAGGAUGAAGGGAAAUACUUCCAACUGUUUGAAGCAUUUGAAUAUGUUAACUUUCUAUGCAUAUUAGAGUGGAGAGUGUGCUGUGGCUAUGCCUCUGACUUUUUCUGCAUUACUUGCUUCCCAGGAGGUAAUGAUAUUAGAUGACAUCAGCAAGGUAGUGACCCAAUUUGCAACCCAAUUUGGCAUGACUGUGGUUGGCUGCACAGAAUAACACCUGCAUACAGAGAGAGAGAGAGAGAGAGAGAGAGAGAGAGAGAGAGAUGGGAACCAAGUUGCUUUUUUCUCACAAGGGCCUUUUCUAAAAUGAAAACUUGCCAAAUGAGCAAAUUUCAGAAACCACAGAAGAUGUCCUGGAGAAGGUAGCCUUAUCUUGGCAGUGCCUGAGCCAGGCUUUGUCUUCUCAUUAUUUUUUUUUCUCACUCAUGAUAGUGAUAGUGAACUUGUAGUAGGACUCUGUCUCUUGUUCUUACUUUGCAGAAUUACCGGGAAUAUUUGUGCACUGUGAUGCUUCUGUUGCUCUUUUGUACUGUGUGAGGAUCCCUUAUCACCCAGCCUGUCCUCCCAGCAUCAUAUCAAAUGAUAUUGAAGGAAACCCCUAAGAUUUGGGACUGAUGUCAACUCACAGAGCAGAAAUGGGAGGUGAUGAGGUCCAGGAGCAGAUGUGGUUUGCUAAGCCACUUGGUUAUCCCUUUGGUGCUGGUGCUAAGAUAGCAGUUGCUUCCCCAAAAGGAAGACAACUUGUGGAGCACCUGAUUCCGACUGGGAAACAAUGUGAAAAAUGGUGAACUCUCCAGGUAGUUGGCUUAACCUCUGAGAACACAAGUUCCUUUUGGGCUUUCAUUCCUCACCACUUGCCAUCCUACAGUUGCUGGGGGCGGGGGGACAAACACUCAAUACCCAUCUCAUUGAUGUUCAGAGAAUCUAUUAAGAGCCAAAGCGCUGAGGUUUUGUUGCAUCUUUGGUAGCACUUCCUGAGGAAUUGAUUGAGUGAUGGGGUUCCUGGCAAGAACAGUGGGGAGAAAAAUGCCAAUAGAUUCAAACUGCCACAAACAGCUUCUGGUGUCAAUACUCCAGGUCAGUGGCAAUUGGUCCUCUUCCCAGAAAGGCCAUGUGCUGUGUUCAAUAGGGCAGGGGAAGAAUUAGUAAGGGUUUUCAACUUCAUAAAUUAGGUGAAAAGUGAAUCAGAGAAGAUCACUGAAUGUGAAAUCACCUUGCCUUGGGACAUAAGCUGAAGAUGUUUAGUUUCCUAAAAUUAAUGCCAAAGCAGCCAAACCUGGUAGCAUCAUUGCAUCCAUAAGGGACCUUGACUGGCUAUAUGGUUUGUGGAACUGCAUCUAUCUAUUUGUCUGCUUAUCUGUAACCUGCGUUGUUUUCUGUUCUGCUUAUUUUCUCAGAGGCCCCUGCAAAUAAGCAGCAGGGCUGGGGCUGGUUGGGGGAGGAAGCUGGAAAUAGUUAAGGGAUAAGAGCUAAAAGUAGAAUAAAAAGAUCCACAAAGUGUGCCUAUUCCUCCUCCCUGCAAAAAAAAAAAAAAAAAAUUAAAAAAAAUGGAACACCAGCCCUCAAAGUCAAUAAAGUUUUGCUUCUUAAAAU